UAAUACCCAUUAUAAAGCAGGGGCAAACGUGGAAGCCAGCCCGAACUGCAGUUCCCGUCACGCCCCGCGCGCGGCGACGCCACGCCGUGCCCUUGACGCGCGUCGGGCGAUAACGCGCCCGCCCCCCCCCGCUUGGCGUCGCCUGGCAACGGCCUGCCAACAAGAUGGCGGCGCUCGGCCCCUGAGGGAAUGAAGCCCCAGGCGAAAGGCAGGGAGAUGCCGGGGCCUACGCCGCCCCGGUCGCCGUCGGCGCUGUCGUCGCAGAGCAGCCACUUGUAUCCGAGCAGCGUGGCCUCCCUGGAGGACCGCAUGGCCAUGACGCGAUCCUGGGUGGCGGCGCCGUCUUCCGUCACUUUCUCGCUUCUCCGCGCCGGGCCUGCACGGGGCCAGGAGGAGGAGAGCGAGGAGGAGGAAGAGGAGGAGGAGGAGUCCACCGAGUCGGAGCCCGAGCUGGAGCCCACGGAGGAGGUGUUGUUUGACGGUAUGUUGAACGAAGGUACAAUUGCCGAAGCCCUCCACACCUUGGGACGUUCCGCCUCCGGCACGGAGCGUGUCUACCUUCACCUAUCACUUUCGGAUUAUCUCUUGAGUGACGUCCAUGUCCUUUACAAAUACAUUCAUCUCGAAAAGCUCAAUCUUUCCUACAAUAAAAUCAGCGAUCUCUCUUGCAUCAGUUACAUGCCUUACCUGUUGGAACUGGAUGUCUCCCAUAAUGCCCUAACGACCUAUUUUGACUUCAGACCACCCAGGAAUCUCCAGGUGGCUAAUUUUUCCCACAAUGACAUUCCAGAAAUGAAAAACCUUUCCGAUUAUCAGUCGCUCACAAAGCUCAUACUGGACAAUAACAGCAUCGAGGAGAUCCAGGGCUUGGAGAACUGCCACAACCUGACCUACCUCAGCUUGGCGAACAACAACAUCAAAGCCAUUACCGGCUUGGCAAAUUUGCCCCUCAAAACUCUCUGCCUGCAAUCGAACCAGAUCGAGAAGGCGGUUGGCUUGGAGAAACUCAAGGUCUUACAAGUCUUGGAUCUGUCUGGCAACCAGAUCAACAGCUUGGAGGGUCUGGAAGACCACCUCCUCCUGCAGGACAUCAACCUGGAAGAUAACCAGGUGUCUGAACUGAGCGAGCUGGAAUAUAUUGAAUCUCUGCCUCUGCUGAGAGUUGUUAACCUGUUGAAGAAUCCCGUUCAGGAGCGACCAAGAGAUUAUUGGCUCCUGGUGAUUUUUAUGCUGCUCCGUCUGACCGAACUGGAUCACAAGAAGAUCUCCGUGGAGGAAAAGGUCGCCGCUGUGAACAAGUAUGACCCCCCUCAAGAAGUGGUGGCUGCUCAGGACCACAUGACUCACAUCAUGUACAGCAUGAUGCAACCCCAACACAUCUUCAACAGCACCCUGCCCAGCCUCGAUGCGCCCUACCCCAUGUUGGUCUUGACUGGACCGUUGGCUUGCUGGAAGCGAGAACUUUGUCACAGGCUUUGUCGGAAGUUCAACAACUAUUUCAGAUACAGCCCCUGUCAUACCACCAGGAAUCCUUAUUUCGGAGAAGAGAACAGAUUAGACUACUAUUACAUAUCUCAGGAGGAAUUUGACAAGAUGGUGAUCACGGGGAAAUUCAUCGUCACUUUCAAAUAUAACGACUUCUACUAUGGGCAGCGAGAGAUCAUUGAAACCAUCGCUAGGGAGGGGCUGGCCACCUGCGUGCAUUUAGACAUAGAGGGUGUCAGAAGUUUGAAGAAUUCCUACUUCAAGCCACGAUACAUCCUACUGAUUCCAGUGAACAAAGAGAAAUAUGGGGGUCACCUCCGAAGGAUGGGCUUGUUCGGCAGACCGGAGAUCGAGGAAGCUCUCCGUACGGUGGACAUGUACACCAGAGUGAAUCAAGAUUGCCCAGGCUUCUUCGAUGCUGUCAUCAAUGUAGAUGAUUACGACGAAGCCUUCUCCAAACUUAGCAGCCUUCUGGAAGAGUUCCUGGGGCUGGGGCAGCCUUCUGAAUCCACAGCCUCGGUUCCUGCAGCCGACGGCAAACACGUUUCAGGUAUUAAACACGCAAGGAGUCACCUGCAGUUCUGAAAGUAAACGUCCUGGGGACGAUGGCGUUGCCCCCUCGCCCACUCCCAACGAAUUAUGGAUUCUUCCGCCAAAAAUUACUCCGCCAAAAUAUCAGCCCAGCUUUCAUCGCAGAAGACUCGGGUGGAAGAGGCGUCCCUCCAUCGAAGGCAGCGUCUGGCCAAGCAGGGGCUGACGGGCAAAACCAUCUCCUCCUACUCCCGGCUGUUUGAGAGUUCUGCUCUGCUGGCUGCUGGCGGGCCACAACACCAUCCUCUGGAUUUGAACCAUAGCAGAAACCUGCCAGGUGUCUUUGGGAACCGCAAACUUCCUCCAGACACGCUGGUUCCCCAGGGAAAAAGGGAGUGGAGGAAGGAAAGGAAAAAGAAAGGAAGAAAAAAGAUAGAAAAAGGAAAGUCACAAGGACACUUUCUCCAAGCAGACCCCCCAAUCCCCUUCUUCUCUUGGACAGAGGCCACUGACCGUCCUGCGGACACCAAGGAGAAGAAGACGCCCAAGCACAAAGCCCCCUCCCCCCACCUCCCCCCAACGGUCACCGUCCGUCCAGGAUCCAACACCAAGCCGGUCCUUCCGCCCAUCCCCUCCGGCCGGAAGAAGCCCAAAGCGGCCACCCCAGAAACCUACGCCUCGACCGUCUGGCUGAAGCCCUAGCCUUGAGACAGCGGUCAUGUGUCGUCCCCCCCAUGCCCCCCCCCACGCCUUUGGCUCCCGAGUAGCACUUCCGGGCCCCGACUCUGCCUCCCGGCCCCCAAAGGGAAUCACCCCCCUUUGAACCAGCUCCACCUGGACCCAGAAAACAUCCGGUUUCCCCAUUUAUUUAUUUUUAAAACACUUGUUUGGUGACACAACAUGGAUCCCAGUUAUUUCUGGUGGGUUCCUGGUGCUUUUUGCAAAUAUAUUUAUAUAUCAGGUGGUUCAAGAGCUGUUCAUAUUCAUAUGUGUGUGUGUGUAAAUAAAUAUGUGUGUGUUAAAUAC